GGCUCCCUCAGGUUCAGGAUGACCGCCACCCGCUGCUGCUUGUGGCUGCUGCUCCUGGGCACUUGCAUGGCCCUGCUGCUUCCGGAAGCCUGGGGAGCCCCCCUGGAGCCUGUGUACCCCGGGGACGACGCGACGCCCCAGCAGAUGGCUCAGUACGCAGCCGAGAUGCGCAGAUACAUCAACAUGCUGACUCGGCCCAGGUACGGGAAGAGCGCCGAGGAGGAUGCGCUGGGCUUGCCGGUGUGGCGCCAGUCCCACGCGGCUGCCCCGGGUGGGUCCCAUCGCCACCCACCUGCCGGGCUCCCUGCAGCUAAAGGGGGAACAGGGGUGUCUGGCAGCCCUCCGAAGCCAUGGGACUGUCUCCCCUGCCGGGCCCACUCUCUCCCCUCGCAGAGCUGAGUCCGUGGAUGAGCAGCGCCAGCUACCAGCCCUAACCUCCCCCCCCCCCGCGCCUCUGCCCCCUUCCGCUCCACAAUAAAGCAAGCGGACC